GUAUAACAUAUCAUGACAUUAUGUCGAAGCCACAAGCUUCCAAGUCUCGAGAAAAGACAAAAACCAUCAAUACCCCUUCUAUUCCACAAGAAAUAAUAUCAUCAAAGCUACAAAUAAUAGAAACAGAAGAAUCAGAUAAAUUUAUUGAUGACAUCGUCUUAGAAAUCUUAAAUGCUACUUUAGAGCAAACCUAUAAAUCAUAUCUUAAUAAACAACUUAUACCAUUUGCAGUGUGUCAUGCAGCAAAUUCUAUUACGUUGUUAUUAGAAGCAAGGCAGCAUCUUAAUAUUUUACUUUGA